GCGUCCGAUCGCGAAGGCCGGUAUCCGAAGUAUGUUAUCUUGGGAAUUACCGUACUGAGGGAGCCAGGCGUUGGUGUGUCCAUAAUUAUUAGCCACUGCGAGAUGCUGCAAGCUAUGGAAACGCUGGCUAAGCUGCCGCAAUCGACAAAAGUCUACUGUGGUCACGAGUACACCGUCAAGAAUCUACAGUUCGCACAAACCGUGGAACCAGGCAAUGCUGCUCUGAAGGAGCGCCUUGAACACUGCAAGUCGCAGCGCAAUGCUGGGCAGCCUACUGUGCCGGGCGUUAUUGCUGACGAACUUGCCACAAAUCCCUUCAUGCGGACUGCGCAGCCGUCAGUACAGGCCCACACAAAGACCACCUCAGCCGUGGACACGAUGAAAGUCUUGCGUCAACAAAAAGAUGCUUUCUAG